CCCUACCCCCCCCAUGGGGUUAGCACCGGAACCCCGCGGGGGGAGAGCAACAGUCGGUGGGGGGGGUCCGGGAUGAACGGGAGAGGUCCCGGUGCUGCUGCAGGUCCCGGGGGUCUACCUGCAGCCUCGGCUCCAGCCUGGGCCCCCCCGAGGGGAGGGGCUGAAGGGAAGACUGCUGCUGCUGCAGGGGCCUGAUGACCUUAUCUUAUGCUGGGAGCCACUGGAGCAACUGGGAGACCCCCCCGAGGAGACCCAUUUCUGUCCUCCCCCAGGAAGCAGAGGAGCUCCCAGACCCUGGUUACGAACCAGACUGGGCUGUGUUGAGCCUCCCCCGCCCUCCCCCGCAGCCCCAUGGGUGGGGAGGGGGCUUCCAGUUCCCCCUGGGGGAGCUGAGGGGGGUCCGGAGGAGCCCCCCAGGACUGCGCAGACCUCUCCUGGUGCUGCUCCCCCGGGGGGGGCCCUGCCCCCCCCCACUUUCUUUCUCCAGGGCCGGGGGUGGGCCCCGGAAUUUACUUAGGGUGCUUGGACCUCGGCUCAGACAGUGUCCCUGGGACCCUCGACUGCUGCUGGUGAGCACCCCUGGGGACCCCCCCCAAGACCCUCCUCCGGAGCCACCUCCCUCCGGCAUCGUCACUCGGCUUCUGCAGGGUCCCUACGCAGCCAUGGGGGGCCUGGGCCGGCUCCUGGCGGGGCCCAGGAACUCCGCCCCGCUGGAAGAGGUGGAGCCAGGGGCGGGGUUUGGUGCAGAAGGGGCGGGGCCAGAGAAGGAACCGCCCUUUGAAGUCAUUCACUGUGUGACUCUGGGUCCACGCCCCACCCCCUCCCGGAACCCACCAAUGACGGAGGCAGAGUGGGAAGAGGGGCGGAGCCUGGCACCGGAAGUGCUCCGGGAAAGGAUCUUCCGGGGGGGUUUGAGCCCUGAGGUUCGACUCCAGGGGUGGAGAUUUCUGCUGGGGCUGGGGGGGGAGGACCCCCAAAAUAAGGAGAGGAGGGACUCCUACCUGAGGAUGAAGCUGCAGUGGGGGAGCCUCAGCCCGGGGCAGUGGAGCAGGAACAGCCUCUUGAGGGGCUUCAGGAGGAGGCUGGAAAAGGACCUUUCUGGGGGUCCCCCCCAUGUGCCCCCCCCAGAGCGAGGCCUGCUCAGGGACCUGCUCCUGACCUACUGCAUGUUCAACUUCGACCUGGGCUACGUCAGAGGCAUGAGUGAGGUCCUGAGGCCCCUGCUCAGUGUCGCCCCCCAGGAGGUCGAAGCCUUUUGGGGGUACUGCAGCAUCAUGGAGAUGGUGGGGGGCAACUUUGGGCCUGGCCCCGAGGGCCUGAAGAAGCAGUUGGGGUACCUGAGCCAGCUGGGGAGGGUCCUGGACACCAACCUCUGUGAGCUGCUGGAAUUGGGGGGCCCCCAGAGGUGCUGCUGCCGAUGGCUCCAGUGGCGAUUCCAACCCCCCCUGGGGCUGGAGGGGACCCUGCGGGUCUGGGAGGCUGUCCCUAGGCAAUCCCCAAGGCUGUCCCCAAACUGUCCCCAGGUGCUCUGGACAGGCCUCCCUUGCCCCAACUUCCUGCUGCUGCUCUGCUGUGUCCUGCUGGAGGAAGUGGCAGGAGCCAAGGUCACCUCCCCCGGGGGACACCUUGGGGACAGGGAGAGUCCCUCCGAGACCACCUCCUGCUCGCUGAGGCUUGGGGACAGUGAGGAAGAGGAGGAGGAGGAGGAGGAGGAGGAAGAGGAAGAGGAAGAGAAAGAGGAAAGCGACUGGGAGGAGUGGCUUCCUCCCCGCAUGGACCCCCAGGAGCUGCUCAGCAGAGCCGAAGGCCUCUACCUGCAGCUGGCAGCAGCCCCUGACCUGCCUCCCCCUCUUCAGGAGCUGUUCGGCCUGGGGGGACCCCCAUCGAGCCCCCCCCUGAGUCCCCCCUCGGAGCUGCUGCACCCUGGAGCCCCCCCAGACCCCUAAACCUAAGCGACCCCCCCAAAACAAAUUUCAGGGGUGGAGUCCCUCCCCCCCAUCUGGGGGUCUGGGGAGGGGAGGGGGAAAAUGAGGGGGAGGGAGGGGUUUGAACUCGAUUCCCCCCCCAAUAAAGCUGAUGGAG